AUCACACGUAAUACAUGAGAGUCAUUCAUUUGAGUGGGAAUCUCAAAGCAGUUGAGUAGGCAGAAAAAAGAACCUCUUCAUUAAGGAUUAAAAUGUAUAGGCCAGCACGUGUAACUUCGACUUCAAGAUUUCUGAAUCCAUAUGUAGUAUGUUUCAUUGUCGUCGCAGGGGUAGUGAUCCUGGCAGUCACCAUAGCUCUACUUGUUUACUUUUUAGCUUUUGAUCAAAAAUCUUACUUUUAUAGGAGCAGUUGUCAACUCCUAAAUGUUGAAUAUAAUAGUCAGUUAAAUUCACCAGCUACACAGGAAUACAGGACUCUGAGUGGAAGAAUUGAAUCUCUGAUUACUAAAACAUUCAAAGAAUCAAAUUUAAGAAAUCAGUUCAUCAGAGCUCAUGUUGUCAAACUGAGGCAAGAUGGUAGUGGUGUGAGAGCGGAUGUUGUCAUGAAAUUUCGAUUCACUAGAAAUAACAAUGGAGCAUCAAUGAAAAGCAGAAUUGAGUCUGUUUUACAACAAAUGCUGAAUAACUCUGGAACCCUGGAAAUAAACCCUUCAACUGAGAUAACAUCACUUACUGACCAGGCUGCAGCAAAUUGGCUUAUUAAUGAAUGUGGGGCCGGUCCAGACCUAAUAACAUUGUCUGAGCAGAGAAUCCUUGGAGGCACUGAGGCUGAGGAGGGAAGCUGGCCGUGGCAAGUCAGUCUGCGGCUCAGUAAUGCCCACCACUGUGGAGGCAGCCUGAUCAAUAACAUGUGGAUCCUGACAGCAGCUCACUGCUUCAGAAGCAACUCUAAUCCUCGUGACUGGAUUGCCACGUCUGGUAUUUCCACAACAUUUCCUAAACUAAGAAUGAGAGUAAGAAAUAUUUUAAUUCAUAACAAUUAUAAAUCUGCAACUCAUGAAAAUGACAUUGCACUUGUGAGACUUGAGAACAGUGUCACCUUUACCAAAGAUAUCCAUAGUGUGUGUCUCCCAGCUGCUACCCAGAAUAUUCCACCUGGCUCUACUGCUUAUGUAACAGGAUGGGGUGCUCAAGAAUAUGCUGGCCACACAGUUCCAGAGCUAAGGCAAGGACAGGUCAGAAUAAUAAGUAAUGAUGUAUGUAAUGCACCAUAUAGUUAUAAUGGAGCCAUCUUGUCUGGAAUGCUGUGUGCUGGAGUACCUCAAGGUGGAGUGGACGCAUGUCAGGGUGACUCUGGUGGCCCACUAGUACAAGAAGACUCACGGCGGCUUUGGUUUAUUGUGGGGAUAGUAAGCUGGGGAGAUCAGUGUGGCCUGCCGGAUAAGCCAGGAGUGUAUACUCGAGUGACAGCCUACCUUGACUGGAUUAGGCAACAAACUGGGAUCUAGUGCAACAAGUGCAUCCCUGUUGCAAAGUCUGUAUGCAGGUGUGCCUGUCUUAAAUUCCAAAGCUUUACAUUUCAACUGAAAAAGAAACUAGAAAUGUCCUAAUUUAACAUCUUGUUACAUAAAUAUGGUUUAACAAACACUGUUUAACCUUUCUUUAUUAUUAAAGGUUUUCUAUUUUCUCCAGAGAACUAUAUGAAUGUGGCAUAGUACUGUGGCUGUGUAACAGAAGAAACACACUAAACUAAUUACAAAGUUAACAAUUUCAUUACAGUUGUGCUAAAUGCCCGUAGUGAGAAGAACAGGAACCUUGAGCAUGUAUAGUAGAGGAACCUGCACAGGUCUGAUGGGUCAGAGGGGUCUUCUCUGGGUUUCACUGAGGAUGAGAAGUAAGCAAAGUGUGGAAACAUGCAAAGGAAAAAGUGAUAGAAUAAUAUUCAAGACAAAAAGAACAGUAUGAGGCAAGAGAAAUAAUAUGUAUUUAAAAUUUUUGGUUACUCAAUAUCUUAUAGUUAGUAUGAGUCCUAAAAUUAAAAAUGUGAAACUGUUGUACUAUAUGUAUAACCUAACCUUAAUUAUUCUGUAAGAACAUGCUUCCAUAGGAAAUAGUGGAUAAUUUUCAGCUAUUUAAGGCAAAAGCUAAAAUUGUUCACUCCUCAACUGAGACCCAAAGAAUUAUAGAUAUUUUUCAUGAUGACCCAUGAAAAAUAUCCCUCAUCUACAUAAAGGAGAGACUAUAUCUAUUUUAUAGAGAAGCUAAGAAAUAUACCUACACAAACUUGUCAGGUGCUUUACAACUACAUAGUACUUUUUAACAACAAAAUAAUAAUAAUUUUACGAAUGAAAAAUUUAAUCAUCGGGAAGAAUGUCCCACUACAGACUUCCUAUCACUGGCAGUUACAUUUUUGAGCGUAAAAGUGUCUUCAAACGCUAAAUCUAAGUAAUGAAUUGAAAGUUUAAAGAGGGGGAAGAGUUGGUUUGCAAAGGAAAAGUUUAAAUAGCUUAAUAUCAAUAGAAUGAUCUUGAAGACAGAAAAAACUUUGUCACUCUUCCUCUCUCAUUUUCUCUUUCUCUCUCUCUCCCCUUCUUAUACACAUGCCUCCCCCACCAAAGAAUAUAAUGUAAAUUAAAUCCACUAAAAUGUAAUGGCAUGAAAAUCUAUGUAGUCUGAAUCACUAAUAUUCCUGAGUUUUUAUGAGCUCCUAGUACAGCUAAAGUUUGCCUAUGCAAGAUCAUCUAUGCGUCAGAGCUUCCUCCUUCUACAAGCUAACUCCCUGCAUCUGGGCAUCAGGACUGCUCCCUACAUUUGCUGAAAACUCCUUGUAUUUCCUGAUGUAAAAUUGUGAAAAUACCUACAUUAAAGCCAUCUACUUUUAGGGAAAGGGAGUUGAAAAUGCAACCAACUCUUGGCGAAUUGUACAAACAAAUCUUUGCUAUACUUUAUUUCAAAUAAAUUCUUUUUAAAAUAA